GCCUUUCAGAGGAUUCAAUGGGCAUUUUCCCAAUUGAUCCCUCUGAAGUGCGUGCUCUUUCCCGCACUUUUCAUUACCCCACUGCUGGAAGUGCCACGGGUAGCAACAGCCCACACCAGAUCGCCGAAGUAUCUACGUGCCGCUGUGUCGCCGCCUCUGCUGGAUACCUCCAUGGACCGAUUUGCUGUGGACGAACUCGACUUUGAGUCCGUGGAACCAUGCCGCCCAAGCUCCUUUGAUGGGACGAGCUCGUUCAAGUUUGAUGUUGGCAUCCGAGCCCGGCAAGCACUCGAAGCCAUCCACCUCAAGGUGCCGACACAGAUCAAGGACCCGAGACACAUGGACUGGCAGUUCUACAAGAAGGUCAAGGAUGUUAAGAUCCAUCGACUGGACGAGUACACACACGACAUGCACGCGACCCGUGUGAGCUUUCGACUGUCGUGCGACGUCAAGGCGAUGCUCGAGUCCAUUGUGAAUGUCCUUGCGCCCACGACGACGCAAGAGUACAUGCGCGUAGAGAAGCGCGUGUUCCCAAAACUGUUUCAAUGCGCCGUGUUGCAACAAGGUCCCGAAAACAGCCACAACAUCGACCCCGCCGACUUUGCCGCGUCGUUUCCGCGGCAUUCCAUCAAAUGGCACGGCAGUCAUUUGCUCACGAACCGUCUCACGGGGCGUCUUGGCACACCGAACGACUUUGUCUUUGAAGAAUACGUCGAAUACGAAACGUGGCAUGGCCGUCCGCGCAGCUUUGGGUACAUGCAGAGCGUGGAUUCAGCCGAGGACGAGCUGAAGAAGUUGUGUCCGGUGAAAUGCAAGCGCGCCGCCAUCCGCAAAGGCGCGUUCGUCGUCUCGGCAGUCGAUGACCUUUGCAUGACCCAUGAAGUUUCGAUCAUGUACAUCUUGGACUUUCCUCGGAGCUUUGGCGUCAGUGCCGAGCGUGUGAUCGCCGCGUACGUCGACCGCCUCGUCAACAUGCGCGAAGUGCUAUUCAACACGCUGUUCCAAACCAUCAAAAUCUUGCCCCGACACAAGUGGGUGGACGACAGGUCCCGCCAGUACUGUGCCGUGUGCGAGUCGUUGUUUACGUUGGUGCGAUCGCGGCACCACUGCCGCGCCUGUGGAGAGGUGAUUUGCCACUAUUGCAGCCGCAAGUGGUCGAUUCCAAUCCAAGAUGCCGGAGAACUCCAAACCCGACUGUGCACACCAUGUUCGUUGCGUGCGCGCAGCCACUUGAUGCCCACGGCGCCCAUGACUGGUCCCGCGGGCGGCGGCGGCGGCAUGCGACUGUCCCGGUCCAACACGACCCUGCAGCCAUCCGUCGACGAUUUCGACUACAACGACGUGAUUCAUUCCAUGCACGAGCCACCACCACCGAAUCAUCACAAUCACCAUCGUCCACUGUAUUCGAUGCCGCAUCGAGGCAGUACCGUGCACGGACAGCCGUCGGUUGGCCCGAUGCCGCCCCUGCCGCCGUCCACCGUCCGCGUCGGUACCGCCAUGAGCGCAUCCGCCGACACUGCGCACGCUGUCACAGACGCCUGGGAAAAGCUCGUGUGCAUGCUUCAACAGCCCCCCCAUUUUGUGUUUGUCCAGUACUCGUGCGACCACGACCCGCCCGCGAUCGUCGACACACUCCAGCACCUGAAUCCGGCCGUCGUGUUCUGCGGGCACAGCAUCGGCGUGCUCGGUCAAGAUGCAGUGCUCUUUCAAGAAGAAGCGUUCGUGCGGAGGACCCACGUGCUGAGCCUGUGGGGGCUGUGGGACCCCGACGGCAACUUUGCCACCGCCGCCGCCGCCUUCUCAUCCGUAAAUCCUGCGUCCACGGGCAAGGAUGAAACGAGGGCGGCCGUGAACGACGCCAUCCGCAAACUGCAUCUUGGACCGACGGAUAGUCCCGACUUUGUGUGGUUGGUGCCAAGCGAAGGGUAUGAAGACGUGGUAGUGGACACUGUGAGUGCGUUGCUCGACACGUCUCUGUCGACAGUCGGCGCGUCGGCGGCGCACAGUCGGAUCUGCGGCAUGGCGGGGGAAGCGCAUGUGUUUUCCAAGGACCAACCGAGCGUGGUGCUGGCCAUGUGCUGUCCGUCCGUGCAGGUCGCGCACGCGUACUUUACAUGCUACGACCAGAACGACCGGCUGUUCACGGUGGACAAAGCCGACGGUAACCGGCUCAUGGUGCUCGACAACCAGCCCCCCCUCGGCCUCCUCAGAGAGGGCCUAGAUAGAAGCAAGCGAAAAUUGUACUUGGACUCCAAGGUAUUUCCAGCGUUUGGUCGCAUCCAACCUAAAGACAGGCGGCUGCAGCUGAUUGAACCCGUGGCUGUUCACUCGGAUUUGACGAUGACGUUGUCGGCACCCGUGAGUCGCGGCGACCAAAUGUGUCUCAUGUCUAUGGACCGCAAAGCCAUUCCCGUUGAAAUCGCUGCCAGAAUACGACAAGGGCGACACGAGUUGGAGGCAGUGGGGUGCUUGGUAAGCUGCAGUGCGAGCAUCGUACAGCACCUGGGCGACGAUUUUGACUUGCUGCGCACAGCCGUGCAGACGGGACUGGGCAAGGACCCGUCGAUUGCGAUCACUGGCAGCUUGAGCAUGUGUCAGCUGGGCGUAGUUCACGGCGCGCAUCACUUGAGUCACUCGAACGGGAUGGUGGCCGCGCUCAUCAUCACAUCCAAGCGGAAAUCCAACUGGCGCCCCCGCGUCGCCCAUCGAAAGUCGUUUUAACGUUGUCGGCGAGUAUGGAAGUGUUGGUCCAGUGACCCGAAUGUGCUGUUGUGUUCCAAUAGUAGUACAGUGGGUUGCUCAAGGUGUGGUGGUUGGUUGUACUAACUAUCAAUUUGCCUGGAUAUACUGCUACGUACAUAGAAGACUCCCGCAGUACGUACAUAGUACAGUAGUGGACUCCCGA